UCUCCAAAUUGCCGCGGCUCUCCUCCUCCCCGCCCGAUCCGCCAUGGCGCACGCGCCGUCUUCCAUGGAGUGCCACCGCCGGCUGCUGCGCUCCUCCCCCUCCGCGCGGAGGCCCUCGCAGCCGAUGGCCCACGGCGACGAGCGCCUCCACGGCCACCACCGCAGUUUCCUCCGCCCCGGCGCGCUCGCGCGGCUGCGGGACUCCAAGGUCAUCGCCCGCUCGGUCCGGUCCGCGGCGGCGAUGGCCGUGCCCGCGCGCCUGCUCCCGCCGUCGUCGCCUCCUCCGUCCGCCGCCGCGGCGGGGGGCGGCGGCGGCGGUGUGCCGCAUUUCCUCGGCGCCGUGAGGGAGACGAGGUACCCGCUCCGGAAGAAGCUGGCCGCGGCCAGGAGCGUGGUCUUCCUGCCGCCGCCGCCGACGACGGCGGCGGACGCCGGCGAGAUGUUCAUGGACGCCUUCGCGGCGGCGGCCGCGCCGUCGGAGCUGCUCGCCGCGCACUGAACUCCUAGUUUUAGACUUCAUUAGAUCUGUGCAGAUUGUUAGCUUGUUCUUGAUUUAGGACUCUUACUGACUUCAGAUUUCUUUACAGAUUGUUGUUCUUUCUUUCGUGUGAUUUAGGAUCCUUGGCUUGUAGUAUCAUAUUCCGGAGAUUCAUGAUGUUUAGUCCAAUGUUCAUGUUCAGUUAAAUUUGUUAUUCUGGCUACAAGGA